UCAGUCUGCAUCGAGAGACUAUACGAUCCUGACAGGCUUUUCCUGCACCAUGUGGCGAUAUCGAGCGCACUACUCUUCCUCACUGUUAAUAGUUGCAUUAUCAUCCUUACUUAUCUGUCGCCUGCAGGCGGCAUCGUCCUUCGCCAUGGAACGCCAGGAACGUGCCGCUCUAGUGUUUCCCCGUGGCAGUUCAAUGGGUUAUCUGCUAGCCAUCGCCAUUCCGCUACUCGUGCCAGGUCGGAACAUUUACCUCUCGCACAACUUCGAAGCCAACUACGGUGUACCGUCGAACGAGACGCAAUACUUUCUCUGGUAUCAGCGCUUUAAGGACACCAAGUUUAACAUCACCAAAGCGAUCGAAACGAAUCGGCGCCGGCGUCGGGAACUGCUGCCCGGGUUCGGCCGAAGCUACUUCUACGAUCAGCUCGAGGAACGGUUGGAUCUGUACGGGUUUAAUGCGACCGGGUGUAUGGAGCGACUGAUCUGCGAAGUGUCCGAGCUCCCACUCGCCGACCACAAUGGUGUGUUGGGGGAUGUGCUGAGUGUGGUCUUCAGACCAUCCACAUCGGUGCGAGAGCAGUCCGUUCCAGUUGCAUACUAUGAGGCAGAAUCUAGAGGAUUGAUAGAAGGAUGCCAACGGUAUCGAGCGUACUGCAGGAUCGAUCUACUCGGAUUUGUGUCAACCGUUCUCUAGAUACGACGAUUGUCACCUGCGUGAUCUAAUUUUCCAAUCUGCUCUCUGUCUCUCGUCGCCACUCUAAACGCUCGAGUCUAUAUCGGUUAAUUAAAUUAGAGCUCCUGGAGCAUCAUCCGUUUGUUUCUCUGUAUAGCCGUACGCCGAAAAGUGUUUCCUUUCGAUAGUCGUGUUUAGAGCUGCAGCGCAAGAUGACCACCACCGUGAGUCGCCGCUUCGUGACGCUUAUCGUACUGAUUACGAUCGUGAUCCAGUGCACCAGCAGCGUUAGCAAUGUUCCAACGGGCGAUGGCGUUAAGAGCCGCCAAAAGCGUAUUGUGUUCCCGGUGAAUGCGGCCAUGGGUAUUAUCUUUGCCCUGGCCAUUCCACUUGGUAUACCGAGCCGAAACAUCUUUAUGUCGUUCAAUUUCGAAGGCAACUACAACAGUCCGGCUGAUGCUAAUAUCUUCACCGAGGGUUUCGCGAACUAUAUUAAAGGCAUCGUCGAACCACUAACAGCACCCUCGGUUCCGGUGGAAACGUACGGUUUGAAUCGGCGAAGUGCUAAGGAUGUUCCACGGCGCAGCGCUCCAGCGACACCACAAGUUACCCGGCGACAGAUUUACAAAAUACUUCAAAACCAUCUGCAAAGUCAACACUUUCCGGGCAGGAAAUGUUUGCAGCGAAUGAUCUGCGAAGCGGCGUUGCAUCCGUUUAGCGAAACGAACGGCGUGAUCGGAGACAUGGUACAAAUACUGCUCAGUCCAUCCACAUCGCGAGAUGAAUCGUUACAGAAGGAAUAUCGAUUAGCGGAGCUGGCUGGGCGGGAAGGAUCUUGUGGCGCGUAUCGAACAGAAUGUCCGAAGGAUCCACUCCAGGCUGUUAGUGUUUUGUUAGGAUAGGAGAUAAUAUAGCAAUUUCAAAUAUAGUAAUUAAUGCAUGU